AGAAGCUGUAGAGUAAUCUUUAAGAGAUUCAUGGGAGGGACUUCAGUUGUUUUACCUUCAGAUGAUCUUUCACUGGAGGAAGACGUAGAAAAGCAUUUACCAGAUGGGUGGCUUCUUGAAAAGAAUGACCACCCCAUAGAAGAAGUGAGGCUUACAGUUGAUCCAUCAGACAAUCCAAGUCUCCCAGUUUUAACUAUUCGAACAUGGUUACUUGGGGCAAUCUCUUGCGUCUUGCUCUCUUUCGUCAACAUGUUCUUCGCAUACAGAACAAACCCAUUGGCCAUCGGUUCAAUUUGUGCCCAAAUAAUCACACUACCCAUUGGAAGAUUUCUAGCAAAUACUCUUCCCAAGAAAGAUAUAAAGGUUCCAUUCUUCAAUUGGUCUUUCUCGCUCAAUCCUGGACCAUUUUCAAUGAAGGAGCACUGCCUCAUAACCAUUUUCGCUGGCGCCGGAGCAGGCGGUAUCUAUGCUAUUCACAUUGUAACAAUUGUUAAGGCUUUCUACCAUAGAGAUAUCCAUCCAAUGACAGGCUUUCUAUUAGCACAAACAACGCAGUUGCUUGGUUAUGGUUGGGCAGGAAUCUACAAAAAAUACUUAGUUGAAUCUCCGUAUAUGUGGUGGCCUUCCAACCUUGUUCAAGUCUCCCUCUUCAAAGCAAUACAUCAAAAGGAGAAGAGAAAGAAGGGAGGCCAAACAAAAUUUCAAUUUUUCUUGCUUGUCUUCAUCUCAAGCUUUGCAUAUUAUGCAAUACCUGGGUUCAUCUUUCCAACUCUCUCAUGCAUCUCAGUGCUUUGCUUGAUUUUUAAGAAAUCUGUAACUGUUCAUCAGGUUGGAUCUGGAUUGAGAGGACUAGGUGUGGGUUCCUUUGGCCUUGAUUGGUCAGUUGUGGCUAGUUUUUUAGGUAGUCCAUUGGCCACACCUGCAACAGCAAUCUUUAACAUAAUGAUCAGCUUUAUAUUGGCAAUUUAUGUCAUCCUACCAAUUGGAUAUUGGACCAAUACUUACAAUGCUAAACGCUUCCCGAUUAUGUCUUCGCAUGUCUUCGACUAUACUGGUCGAAGCUACAACACGUCGCGGAUCAUAAAUGAGAGGACCUUCACUUUAAAUGUUCAAGAACAAGAUAACUACAGCAAGAUUAAUUUGAGUAUUAUGUUUGUUUUAACAUAUGGCUUGGGAUUCGCUAGCCUAACAGCUUCCAUUAUGCAUGUUGCUCUACAUCAUGGAAGGGACAUUUGGACGAUGUGGAGAAAUAGCAAAGAAUAUGCAAAGGAAAAGGUAGAAGAUGUUCAUACAAGACUGAUGAGGAAUUAUGAAUCUGUACCUGAGUGGUGGUUCUAUCUCCUCUUAGCUAUAGUUAUUCCAUUAUCCAUAUUCACUUGUGUUGGAUUUGAUAAACAACUACAACUUCCAUGGUGGGGAGUAUUAUUGGCAUGUGCAAUGGCCCUAUUCUUCACAUUACCAAUUGGUGUGAUUGUGGCAACUACAAAUCAGGGACCUGCACUAAAUGUCAUUACAGAGUACAUGAUAGGUUUGUUGUUACCAGGAAAACCUCUAGCGAAUGUGACAUUCAAAACAUAUGGCACUAUUAGCAUGGCUCAAGCACUCACACUUCUAAGUGAUCUAAAUCUUGGGCAUUACAUGAAGAUCCCUCCUAAGUCAAUGUUUAUCACACAGUUAACAGGAACAAUAAUAGCAUCUAUGGUUUACUUUGCAACCGCAUGGAUGCUUCUUGAGAAUGUGCAGAACAUAUGCGAUCCAAAAAAUCUGCCUCCAGAUAGUCCAUGGACUUGCCCUGGCGAUGAUGUUUUCUACAAUGCAUCAAUUAUUUGGGGUCUAGUUGGCCCCAAGAGAAUGUUUGGCAAAUUGGGGAACUACUCAGCUUUGAACUUAUUCUUCCUUAUAGGAUUCUUAUUGCCCAUCCCCUUCUGGUUCCUUAGCAAGGCCUUUCCUGAUAACAAGUUGCUGAAAUACAUCCAUAUUCCACUAAUUAUAUCAGGUGCAGGUGGCAUUCCUCCAGCGCACACAGUGAAUUAUAUAAUGUGGGGAAUAGUUGGUAUUUUCUUCAAUCAUUAUAUUUACAAAAACUACAAGAAAUGGUGGGCAAACCAUACUUAUGUCAUGUCAGCUGCAUUAGAUGCUGGAGUGGCUUUUAUGGGAGUUCUUUUAUUUGCAGCUUUACAGGCGCAUGGAAUUGGUGGGAUAGAAUGGUGGGGAGGUGUUGCAGGAGACUAUUGUGAAUUUGCUAGUUGCCCUACAGCUCCUGGAGUGAUAGCUCCUGGUUGCCCAGUUCACUAGUGAGUUUAUUAAUCACAAUUUAAAAAAAAAUUCAAUGUUGUUUAGACGAUGUCAAGAUGUAUUAAAUUUUAUAGAGUAGUAGCCUUAGUUUCUCCAUGCCAUGUGGGUGGAGUUUUUAUUUGCUUCUUGUUUUGAGGGAGAGAGAGGAAGAG